AUGCUACACGAUCGCGGGUACCUAGUAGCUGAUCGCGAGCUUCGAUCGACCAAGGACGAUUUCAGAGACCAAUUCGGGGACGACCCUCAACGAGACGAUCUCACGCUACUAAAGCAGAAGAGGGACAACCCUAACGACGAGAUCUACGUGUUCUUCCCGGUGGAGGCAAAGGUGGGCAUCAAGACGCUCAAGGGGUACUAUGAGAAGAUGAAGGGGUCGGGGCUGUCGCGUGCCAUCAUGGUGGUGCAGCAGAACCUCACGCCCUUCUCCAAGAAGAUUCUCGCUGACAUGGCUCCAAAGUACAUUAUCGAAGUCUUCCAGGAGGGCGAGCUGUUGGUGAAUGUGACAAAGCACGAGUUGGUACCGCAGCACGUGGUGUUGACAGACGAGGAGAAGCACAUUCUGCUGGAGAGAUACACGGUCAAAGAGCACCAGGUGUGUCUCAUGGCCCUUCCAUGGAUUCCCGUCUUAUCCCCCUCCGACCCCUAUCCCCUCGUUUGCCUUACACCAGCUUACCUGCAUGCAGAGGAGUUGUGCACGGAUUCUUUGGGAUGCACUGAAAUAGUUGCCACCAGCGCACCCUGUCGUCUGACCCGCUUCCUUCCGUGCAGUGGUCCGCGAGUAGGAAGUGACAAAACACGUUCGGCACUGCCGUCCUCGAGUGACGAGCGUGCAACGGACACCUUUGAGCCGCUGAAAGUCUCCAGGGGGUGCUCGGCAUGGGGAACCCUGCUGGCAGCACUCGCAGUGGUGGUGCUGCUCGCGCGUGCAACGGACACCUUUGAGCCGCUGAAAAUCCCCAGGGGGGGAUCGGCAUGGGGAACCCUGCUAGCAGCACUCGCAGUGGUGGUGCUGCUGGCGUGCGCGCCCCUCUCCUGGCGCCUCAGCACCAAGCCCUGGCGCCCGCACCUCUUCCCGCCAGUGUGCCGCCUGCCCACUCACGUGCACGCGCAGGCGGAUCAGCUGCCCCGCCUGUUCAUGUUCGUUGGCACUGAGGGGAGCGGGCACGAUCUUUUUGAGUAUAUUUUUAGCUACCUGCCAGUGAACAUCAGCAUAGACCGCUUCAACCCGGACCUGCACCUCACCUCGUCGCCAGGGCAGAAGGUGGCAUCGGCACAGGACCCCACAGGUGCCACCGUCGACUGCCCCAAGCUGCCCUACUCCCGCCACGUCUACGACUUUGGUGUUCGCAUGUCCACUGCACUCAAGUCCAAGCUCCAGGACACAAACUACUACCUGCGCGCCAGGGACCCCUUCCCCAUGGGCCGCAUUCGCACACCGCUGGCUCGUCCAGACCUCAUCUCCCUCGCGACAUUCCACGGCAUCCUGUAUAACCUCAAGCUCGUGGUGCUGGUGCGAAACCUCACAGACACCGUCCUCUGGUCCGUGCUGCGGCGCUUCCACAACGACGACGUGGGGCUGCAGGCGAGGCUGAUCGAGGACAGCAUGGUCUACAUCGAUGCCUCGCUCAGGACGCUCCCGUGCGGCACCUUCAGCCUGAUAGAUGUCGAUGCACUGGUCAAGAGACCCAAGACCGCCUCCACCGCGCUGGCUCAGUUCCUGGGGCUACCCGGAGUGGCCAAGGAAGAGGUGUUCAGUGCGAUACAGCGCGGUAAGGAGAAGUGGGAGCCAACCCUCACAGUGCAGAGCGGGCUGGGAGCGACAGCAGACGGGGACGAGGCUGCAGAGGUCACAUUUGACGGGCAGGCACUUGAAGUGUUUUUCCAGCAGCGCGUGGGGCUGUGGCCUCUGCUGGACGCAGCUAAGGGAAAGCCUGUGUUUGUGCCACCCUCAGAAGCAGCAGCAGUAGCAGCAGCCGAUGGCCUAGCCACAUGCGCUGCGGACUUGAGGCGAGCGAAUCAGCAGCUGCGAAUUGCAAGAGGGUGGGUGCGAGAGGGGCUGGAGCACUGCGUUAAGCUGAGAAAGAAAUACUCCAAGGCCCGGCACAAGUGGCAGGCGAGCAAGGGGAAGGGCGGUGCUGGUGGUGCUGGUGGUGCUGGUGCUGGUGCUGCUGAUGGCGAUAGUGACGAGGGCAAGCAUGGCAAGGACCAUGAUGGGCAUAGCGACGAUCAUGGUGACGAUCAUAGUGAUGAGCAUGGCGACAAUCCCAAGAGGAAAUCUUCCAUGCAUGAUGAAGACGAUGAUGAGAAAGAUGAGAAGGACGAUGAGGAUAAGGAGGAUAAGGACGACGAGGAUGAACAUGGCAAGGACAAGCAUGGUGAUGGGGAGAAAAUGCUUGACAAGGAUGGUAAGGAUGAUGAGGAAGACGACAAGGAUGACGAUGCUGACCAUGAAAAGGGCGUGAAGGCUGGUAUGGGUGUAUAA